GCACUCGAUCGAUGCUUUCCGGUUCGACGAGUCGGGGCUCCUGAGCGGUGCAGGGCUGAGUUGUGGAGCUGCACAACGAUUUAAAGCUGAAAGUCAGCCAACAUGGGUCGGCGCUCAUCUGAUAGUGAGGAUGACAGUCGGAGCAGGAAGAAGAAGAAACAGCGUCGCCGGUCAUCCUCUUCUUCCUCUUCUUCAUCUUCAUCCUCCAACAGCAAGGUGGCCAUCGGCCGGAGUCGAAGGUCUGGUCGCCGGAGCCGUUCCAAGGACAAGGACAAAGACAGGAGGAGAAGGAGACGUUCCAGCAGCAGCUCGUCCCAUAGUCCGUCUCGCAAGAGGAGGAGUCGCAGCAUAGAGAGAGACAAGGGGAGGAGUCACCGCUCACAUAGGUCACGCAGCCGAGAAAGGAGGUCUCAUUCUCGCCACCGGCGGUCUCGCAGUAAGAGCGGCAGCCGCAGCCGACGAGGUACCCAAAGCCGCAAAAGAAGCAGCCGGAGGAGCCGAAGCCACAGCCGAGAGCGGGACCGGAGCCGGCGCAAGGGCCGCAACCGGGAGAGGGAGAAGGAGAAGGAUAAAGGAAGAGACCGAGACAAGGACAGAGACGACAAGAGUAAGGACAAGGCAGUCAAAAAGGGGGACGCCGCAAACAUCAAAGGCAGAUUAGAACAUCUGACUCCAGCAGAGCAGGCUAAAGUCCGAAUGCACAUGGCCCUGCAGGCUGCAGCAAAGACGGACGAGGUGCUGAAGGCCAAAGUAGCCAAGAAAGAGGAGGAGGACCGGAAGAAACUAGAGGAAGAGGGAACUUCUCUGGAGGAGCAAGUGCGAAGGAUAAAGGACAUUGAGGCUAUCGAGAGUGAUUCCUUUGUUCCUCAGGCUUUCAAAUCAGCCAGGGAUGAUAUAAAGACUGAACCAGCUGAGGUGAAACAGGAGUCAGAGGAACCAGAUUCUCAGGACGUCGUUAUUCCCUUGUCCAUAGUCUACAGUGACAGUGACUCGCUCGCCCAUCCCAGUUUGUUCAUGGACAAGGAGAGAGCUGAGGAGCUGUGGCACAACAGAUUGAUAUUGCUGCGGCAGGAGAGGCUCAUGGGAAGUCCUGUGACCUUGUGACCUGAUGGACACCAGAAGAGCCAUUAUGCUCCCGGAGCAGUUUGAGCUGCUUUUAUUUUGUCUCAAUCUGUCUUGUUUUAGGACAUCACAAUGUUUAUUACUUUACCCUUCCACUAAUUUCUCCUCCUUUUGUAAAAACUUACAGUGACUUGAACAAAUGAACAGUUUCUGGUCCUGAUGUGCUUAUUAUUUUAUUAAUGUAAUUCAAUUAAACAAUUAGCUGUUCUUAAUCUGACGUCCCUUAUUUUUAAUGGUGGAAAGAUCUUACAGUCAGAUAUGGUGUUGUGUUUUACCAUUUAGAUGUAGCAUUUGAUACAUUUUGUCUUUUGUAAUCAAUAGGUCAAUAAAGGUAGAUGUGAUUUGUUGGAGUAAAAA